AUGAUCAAGAGCAUAAAGGAGCAAUGAAUCGUUGAAGAAGUCGAGGAGUCAUAUAAAUUUUUAAUUUCUUUCAGCAAUUUUCUAAUAGCCACCUCCAUAAUUUCCAGAGUAUGUGACUUAAUUUUUAGUCCUUCACCUUACCUAUUUGAAACUAUUAUCCCAUGAACCAUCAUGCAUAUACUGGUCACUUUAUCCAUAAAGGUUGUCCAGAGUAAAUCUAAAAACUACAAAAUUGCAGCAUCUCUCUUUUACGCAGAGUACUUUAACAUUGUGUGCAAGGGCUUUGCAGAUAAAAGUCUAAAAAAUCAAUAUUCGAUUACUGAACUUUUUGCAUUUUUGAUCGUAUCAUGCUUCCAGUUUUCUGUAAUGAAAAAUAAGCUGGCCUUCAAUUUGCUGGCCAUAAAGUUUAUGUAUUUAUGAGAAAUACACGACAGAUUAUUUAAUUUUAAAGCGAUUGAAGAGAGUCACAAUCCUGCACAUCUUUGAAUUUCCAUCACUCUGCUCAUAAAUGUAUGACAUUCUUGGUCAAAUAAAGUUUCUUUUGAAAGGUUUAGCUAUAAAUUAGAACUGGAAAACACUAAAAAGAGGCUUAAUACUGUAACAGAAUCAUUUUCUGAUGGAUUUUUAAUUAUUUCAGAAAAUAUAAAAAUAGAAUUUUUAAAUUCUUAUGCUCAAGAGCUCUUAACCCUGUUGGCGACCUUAACGUCAAAAAUCAAAAUUUUUGAGCAAUAUUAAAUCUAUUCAUAAUGAUAUAGCUAUUAUAAUAAAUAAAAGCACCCAUUGACAACCGUUAUCCUGUUUUAAUAUAUAAAAUAUGAUAAUGAUAAUUGGUAGGAAUAUUUUUAUUCAUCCUAACUGCUUAUAUAUAAAAUAUAAUUAUUUUAAUUAUUAUAGUGCAAUCUUUAGCUAGACUAUUAAAUUUCAAUAAAAAUUAGAUUUUUCCUUUGAUAUUUUUCCUAAUUUUUGAAAAAUAAAUAGUAAAUUCAUUAAUAAUAAUUAUAUAUCGAAAUUUUACAAUCGAGAAGACCUUUUUGUGAGUAUUUACCAUAAAAAAGACGUUUAAUCUGCUAUAAAUUAUAUAAAAUUUUUAAAAUAAAAAUCUUGUGAGAUCGAAAUAUUUUACUCACUCACUGAAAUGAGGAGCUAGGAUGUAGCUUUGAAAAUCUCCGCACGUCAAUUAUGCAAAUAGAAUACCUUCAAAAUAAAAAAGUCUGCAAUUUUGGAACAUCUAAUUUUUUAAAAGAUGAUCUGAUGUAUUUAUUGUCAAAUUGGUAUUUAGAAGAAGCCACACUUGGAUUUGUGUUUUUGCAAAACAAUAACAUAGAGUUUAAGGCCAAGCAGAUUUUCUGAGAAAAUAAGCAUGCAUUAUUUCUCACAAUUAGGAAUGUAAAUCAAUCAAUCGAACUAGAAAAAAAAAUCGCUAACGAUCGAAUGAAAAAUCUAUUGCUACGCUCUGUCUCGCAUGAAUUGAGAACUCCAUUAAAUUCAAUAAUAUAUUUUACAAAUGAGCUAAUUUCAAAAUUUUAUGAUAAACCACUAGCAGAUUAUAAACGGGGUGCGAGUCAAAUGACAUUGCCUAUUUGAUAGUGUCCAUUUCACCGAAAAAUUUCUGGCCGAAAAUUUUUGAUAGUGAAACAUUUGACAGAAAAAAACCGUUAAUUUUCGGCCAAAUGUCGCACUAUUAAAAAUUUUCAACCAAUGUAUUUCGAUGAAAUGUCACUGCCAAAAACCACUGUCAUUUGACAUGAAGCCGAUUAUAAACAGCUUAAAAUUAUCUGAAUUUCAAGUAAACUUAUGCUGUCAUUAAUCAACGAUAUUGUGGAUUAUACUAAACUACUAUCUGGAGCAUUUACAAUUCAAAAAUCUCAUUGCAAUAUCAGAGAAGUAGUUAGGCAAGUUUAUGAAUUAUUUAAUAUUCAAGCAAUUAAGAAGCAAAUAUCAGUUAUAGUAAGAGUUGAUCCAAGCAUUCCUGAGCUUAUUUAUACAGACUCAAUAAGGCUAAACCAAAUUCUGCUUAAUUUAAUGAGCAAUGCUUUUAAGAAUACUUUAAGAGGGAAAAUCGAAAUUUGCUGUGUGAGUACAGUUAAUAAUAAGAUGAGAAUUUCAGUUCAGGAUUCUGGAAUUGGAAUGAAUAAAGAAUUUAUGGAUAGCUUGCUUACACCAAAUUCAGGAAGAGAGCAAACUCAUUGUUCUUCAAAAAAUUUACCUGUCUUCGUAAAAGUAAAUAUCAAAUUGCAUAUAUAAAAUCUUUGGAUAAAUAUCUAAAUAAUUCUAUUAUAUUUUAAACUACUUGUUUUCUAAAAUAAAAUAAGAUUGCUAAUAUUACAUAGCAUAAAUUUUAUAAACUACACUUUUAGUUUUCAAAAUAUUUGCGAAUUCUGAAAUUUGUGAGCACGGAAUAGAUUGAAUUAAAUAUCUUAACUUUACUCCUUGAGAGGGCAAAAAAACUCUUCACUAGAGAGGGGUGUUAAAAUUAAGAUAGAGAUUUGUCGGCCAUAAACAAAGUUAACCUCAGACUAUCACAUUGUCUCAGCUCCAAAAGCCAGUCUCCUUAUACCUUGGAGUAAAAAUUAGGAAAAUAGAAGUUCGCCAUAUUUGAUUUCCGAUCAGAAUCACCUGUCUAAGGUAUUAGAUAUCUAAUUCAAAGGCCCCAUCUGGGAGGUGUCCCGAUAAUCUCGAAAAGGAAAAACCAUAAGGUAGACAAAGCUUGUCAAGCCCAUCUGGAAUAAUCAGAACCUUCAGGGGAGAACCAAAACUCCGUAUUUUGACAGGGCUUUUCUUGAACAGUCUACUUUCUCACCGAGCACUUUUCACUGCCCAUCCAGCAGGUCGCCUACUCCAUCAAAAAUUGCGCCCAGGAGUGUUUAUUCUAUCAACAUUACCAUUUUAAUUCUAGAGAGAUUUUAAAUAAAUUAAAUUGUUUAAAACUGGCGAUAAGUUGCAAGCCCACUGGCGUUUGCCUCAUCAUGGCUCCAAAAAGCCAGUCUUCACAGACCUCGGAGUUCGAAUGAAGAAUAUGAAAGGCUGCUAUUUUGGAUUUCCGAUCUGAACACUAGUCCAAGGGUCAAGAUAGAGCCAACGGCUGUAGCACAUCCCGAUGGUUCCGAAAGGGAAUACCAUUUGGAUGUAAAACCUGUCUAAUCCGUCAUCAGGGCAGGAAAACCUUCGGGGAUGAUACAAAACUUCCCUCUUAGGCAAGGCUUUCCCAAGCUAAAGACCUACUUCAAAAAGGGACAUUGACCGUACUUUCAGCUUCAUUAGAAUUGGUUCGACCAAUUCCACAGAGAUCCGCUUCGGAGUCCAAUUUCCGUCAACGCCACAAUUUUAUUUCUAGAGGGUGUUAGUUAGUUAAAUGUUUAUCUGGUCAUAAGCGGGUAAACCAAGGUCUUUGCCUCAUCUCGCCUCCAAAAUAUCAGUCUCCUUCGACCUCUGAGUUCAAAUGAGGAAAAUGGAAGGCUACCAUCUCAGAUUUUCGGUCUGAACCACCUGCCCUAGAGAUUAACUCUUUAGGGUAGAGCCACCAGCUGUAGAGUCCCCGAAAAGGGAAGGCCAUGUGGCAGGUAAAACCUGUCUAGCCCAAUGUAGCAUGAACAGAAAAGCCUUCGAUGGAUAAACAAAAUUUAUGGUUUUUCCCAAGACCUGAAGUCUACUUCAAAAAGGGACAGAAGCUCUAUUUUUCAGCUCUAUCAAAAUGGAUCUGCAUUAUAGUGAGCCUCGGAAAUAAAUUUCUGUCAAUGUCACCAUUUUAUUUUCGAGGGGUGUUAGGAAUUUAAAUAUUUUAAAUGCGCCAGCACUUAAUUCAAACGGAACAGGACUUGGCCUUUACAUUUCAAACUUACUUAUAAAACAACUAGGUGGGAAAAGAUUAAAAAUUAAUUCAAAUCUUGGAAAAGGUUCAACAUUCAGCUUCUCAAUAGCUAUUUUUGAAAAUAAUUUAUUGACUGGCACUCAUGAAAAAAUUGAAAGCAAUUUUAGCGAAGACUAUGUUGAAUUAAAUAGCGAGCCUAGAUUUUUUUUAAAAUCAAGGCAAAAAGAUGUAUUAAUAGUUGAUGAUACGGAAUUUAACUUACUUCCCCUCUGUGAGCGAGCAAAAAAAUUUUUGUUCGCUUGUGGAGGGGGCUAAUUUUGCUUUAAAAAUAUUGGAUAUAAAUUGUAUAGUAAUUUUUUCUAAAUCCAAUUUAAAUUGCAAAUUUAUAGGCUGUUUAAAAUUUAGCAGAAUUAGCUAGGGAUUUAAUUAUAAUAAUUAUCGCUCUCAUAUCAAAUUUUUCAUAAAAUAAUGUUUUUUUUUUACUCACAGAGCGUAGGUCUUUUAUAAAAAAAAGGGAUUUCAAAAUAGUUUCGUCCGCUUACAGAGGGUGAGCUAGAAGUUCUUUCUUCUAUAUUAAAGAAAAAUAAGAUUUCAUACGAAGAAGCUUCAAAUGGGAAAAUAGCACUUGAGAAGGUUAUAAAACAAGACUCUAUAGACCAGCCAUAUAAAGUGAUUAUUAUGGACUGCGAAAUGCCGGAAAUGAAUGGGUGAAAAGCAUCAGAAUAUAUUGAAACAUUGUUUAGACAGGGUAAAUUAAGAUGUUUGCCACAUAUUAUAGGGCAUUCUGCGUACAAUUCUGAAGAAGAUAUAAGGCUUUGCUAUCAAAGCGGAAUGGUUUAUUUUUUACCAAAGCCUUGCUGCCCAGAAAAAUUAGUGAAUGUGGUAAGAAAUUACCUGAACUGUUAA